AUGUUGGAAACCAUGGAUCCUGCUUCCUCCCACAAACAAACUGGUUCAGCAUCAAUUCAUGGACAAAUUCCCAUUGUGAGAAAUCUAGAAACUAAGAGAAGUCUCCUGCACCCAAGGAAAGCUAAACCAGACUCACUGAAGCAGACACCAACACAGAGAGUCAAGGAAAAUGGAGAAAAAGAUAUCCUAAACCAGUCAAAUCUAAAGAACAAGUACCAGAGGCCUUGCAGACGCCGCCGCCCUGAGCCUCCCGCGCUGCGCACCUUGGUCAACUCCAUCGUGUUCUUCGACAUCGCCAUCCAGGGAGAGUCCUUGGGCUGCAUCUCCUCCGAGCUGUUUGCAGACAAAGUUCUAAAGACAGCAGAAAGCUUUCGCGCUCUGAGCACUGGGAAGAAAGGAUUUGAUUACAAAGGUGCCUGCUUUCACAGAAUAAUUCUGGGAUUUAUGUGCCAGGGUGGUGACUUCACACGCCAUAAUGGCACUGGUGGCAAGUCCAUCUAUGGGGAGAAAUUUCAUGACGAGAAUUUCAUCCUGAAGCAUAUGGGUCCUGGCAUCUUGUCCACGGCAAAUGCUGGCCCCAACACAAAUGGUUCCCAGUUUUUCAUCUGCACUGCCAAGACUGAGUGGUUGGAUGGCAAGCAUGUGGUCUUUGGCAAGGUGGAAGAGGGCAUGAAUAUUGUGGAAGCCAUGUGCUUUGGGUUCAGGAAUGGCAAGACCAGCAAGAAGAUCACCAUUGCUGACUGUGGACAUAUCUUAUAA